AUGCAGGGUCUGAGCUCCCGAGCCCACGCUUUCUCGGUGGAAGCCUUGGUGGGGAAGACUUUGUGCAAGAAGCUCAAAGUGGAGAACGACAAAGAGGAAAAGCACAGCGACACCGAGAACGUUAAACAGCAGGAUGCAUCGGCGUGCACCGUCAUCAGUGAAGACGAAGAACCGGGUUAAAAAGGCAGUUCGAUACUGAGGCAUGCCACGGAAAGCGAGAGUGAGACGGAGAAGGUGAGAAUGGAGCUUCAAGGGUCCGAUCUGUGGAACAGAUUCCAUGAGAUCGGCACAGAGAUGAUCAUCACGAAGGCGGGAAGGAGAAUGUUCCCGUCUGUGCGCGUGAAGGUGAGGAACCUGGAUCCUUUCAAACAAUACUACAUCGCCAUGGACAUCAUGCCCGUGGACUCGAAAAGAUACAGGUAUGUGUAUCACAGCUCACAGUGGAUGGUGGCAGGGAACACGGACCACUCCUGCAUAACGCCCCGGCUCUAUGUACAUCCAGACUCACCUUGCUCCGGCGAGACGUGGAUGCGUCAGGUUAUUAGCUUCGACCGCGUCAAACUCACCAACAACGAGAUGGAUGACAAAGGACACAUAAUACUGCAAUCAAUGCACAAGUACAAACCAAGAAUCCAUGUCAUUGCGCAUGACCCACGAGUCGACCUCUCUCAGAUCCCAUCUCUCCCAGCUGAAGGCGUAUACAGCUUCUCAUUCCCUGAGACUCAGUUCACCACCGUCACAGCCUACCAGAACCAGCAGAUAACAAAAUUGAAGAUUGACAGGAAUCCAUUUGCUAAAGGCUUCAGAGACCCCGGGAGGAACAGGGGGGUGUUGGAUGGAAUCCUGGAGUCGUACCCAUGGCGAAGUCCUCUCAGCCUUGACUUCAAACCUUUCACGCUGGAGCCACAAGGAGGAAACUCAAGGUCUCCAUCAAGCUGUGGCACUCACUCUCCACUGAAAGAUCUGCUGUCCCCUUCCUGCUCUCCACCCUCCUUCCCCUUUACCAUUCCCUGCUCGGACACCGCCACCUUACACAACCUGAGUCUCCCGCUCUGCUACAAGGUUUCCCCAUCGGCCGCCCUACUGGGGGGCCGGCCCUACAGCUUCUCGGGCCCGGACAGGCUGCGCAGCUACUCUGGGCUACGAUCCAUGGUGGAUUUCCCCCUUUUGUCUGCCCUACACGGGAAGAAAGGGCCUAACUGCAGGGGCCAGUGCAUCCAGGGGCCCCCAGCCAACACGGCCAGCCAGCUCUCACUGCCAAGCCUCCAGGGGACGGGGCCCUCCACCAUUCACCAGUCUCCCCUGCACCACGAGACUCUGCCGCCCGCCCUGCCUUCCACUUACAGCCUCUGCAGUUACAACCUGCCAAUGGGUCACCACUUCUCCAGUGUCACCCGUCACCUCAAGCUGGCUGAUGUGACCCUGACACCCAGCGAGAGUCUGCUGUCCCAGAAACCCUGGCACCCCACCAUCCACCACUGUCUCUGA